AUGGACCUCUUGAAUCGCGUGGAGGCUCGGGGGCUCACCACCUGGCUGGUUUCCAUCAUGCUGCUGUCUGUCAUUAUCCACGGCGAAACCAAUGACUACAUCAGUGCCAUACUCUUGCUGCUGGCGAUGAUGCUCAGCCUUUAUCACUACCUCAUUCUCUUGUCGCUGAUUUGCCACAACGGCCUCUGUGACUUGGCCGAAACCAAAGGCGAGCCCUCGACACCAUCGCCGGCGCGUCGCACGACAUUCGGUGAGUUAGACAAUCGUCUGAAGCACGCCACCACUCACAAUCUACUCGAUGGCUUUUUUGUGUAUGCUUGGCAGCGGGCUCCUGGCGACGCUGCCCAUUUGGCGGCCAGCGGCGGCGUGUCUCUCCCGCCUCCUCGCCUGGCACACCCGACGGGCCGAAAAGCAACGCGAAAAAUGUGGCAAAGUGUGUCUGGACUGGGAGAGCGGCAAACUGUCAUGGACCGGAGACGGUGGCGAUAAGGUGACGUCAUCGCGUGGCCUCUACAGCCCCCGCAGGAGGCGGCGCUAUGGCGGGGUACUUGGUUUCCUGCAGACGCUGUGGCAUGGCCGCAGCAGCGAGUGGCGUCUGGCGAGGAGGAGUGCACUCAUUUCGCGAAUGCUGAGUGCAGCUGUGGAGGAGGCCAUCGAUCGACUGCAAAUCAGAGAUGUCAGCGUGUUCAGAUCGACGUCGUCAACUCACAUAUUUCGUCGUCAACUCACAUAUUUUAUUGUGCUUACGUCAGGUUCCAUUGGACUUCCUUGACUUCCUAUUAUGCUGGGCCUUUUACUUGAAUUCGCCAUACAUGAGGGAACAAGUGAGACGGACAGAAGCAGCAUUGAUGGUUACCCUUGUGGCCGAUCGUUUAUGCAGUGUCGGCUCCGGUGGGAGUCGACCGUGUCUUCUGACCGACGAUCUCAAGUUCGGCGUCGAAAUACAAGAGGUGGUAAAAUGCUUCUGCUGAUUUCCUCUGUGGAUGAUUCUGCGCUGUUUGCCUUUACGCGGACAGGUGGCAGCCAGGACCAUCCGACCAACAACGGCCUUAGAAGAGAUUCUACAGAACAGGAGACGCAGAUAGAUGAGAGAGCCUUCAUAGACGCUGGAAGGUGAGCACAGAAGGCGUCAGUAAGGUCUACGUCAAUGAAGCACAUGGGGGGGUGCAGAUUUGUGCAAGAGUGCCAAAGGCAGGGAAGAGUAGGCAUGACACUUCACGAUCUCCAGGUGAGCAGGCGCACGGUAGCAAUACCACGUCAGUACAUUCUUCGACUGUCCUUGGGUCUCUUGUCAGUCGAAGCUCCUUCUUGUCGUGGACGAGCUGGUCACUCACCAGCAUGACUAUGACGAAUCCGUUUGCCGCAGAGCCAGGACAAGACAGCACGUCAGGAGCGUGUCAGGAGCUAUUUUGAUCACUCAGUAUUCGAGCAGCAGUGAGUUCCAGGUCGACGCACACGUGGGAGGCUGGCGUCAGCUGUACAAGACUUAUGAGAAGGCCAAGCAGAGAAUGAGACACGCCAGAUCACAGGCGGUAUACGACACACACGCAGGGGAGCUAAAAGUGUGCAUGGCACUUCUUCUUGUGCAGGGCAAUGGCCCCGAUGACGAUGACAGUGAGCCGCCAACAGACGUACGGGGGAUAGAACGCCGACAAUGCGUUCACUGACAAACACAUGUCUAUGCUUUCUUUUCCCUUCUUUGUCAGGUACAUGGCCAUGGACAGGACGAAGACGCACAACUCAGAGAGCCUGUUGAUGGAGAGCGGGUGCUGGCGGUUGAUGUCUCGUGUGUCAAUGGGAGUGAGCCGGCUGAGCGUAGAGUGGAGGCUUCAAUGGACGAAGACAUGUGA